AUGUCGACGGCGUCGUCGAUGCGGAGGCGGCCCCAACGAACGGACCGUUCUCAUACUCCGCCACUUCGUGUGCCAUCUCCACCCCGCGACAUCGCUGGUGUCGAAUUAGAUUUCGACUUUCUAGCCGUGCAUGCGGCCACACUUCGGAUUCGACCAUGUGGGAAAGGUACGCGAGUGUUCAUUGGCCCAAGUCGAGGAUUCGCCGCCGCAUGGAGCUGGACGGAGGAGGGCGGCUGGUCGGGGAUUGCCUCGGCCCCGCUAGAACAGGUAGCCGACCUGUUCGCUAAAGCUGCAAAAUGGACCCUAUGGCUCGAGGAUACAUUUACGCUGAUCAUGGUUGGACCCCGAUCUGGUAUAUUCAACCAACAACUUUAUGGCCCCAUGUCGGCAAUGCGUCUAGCUCCCCAGGGUAAAAAAGAGCGACUGAAAGGUCGCAAGAUGGCGCACGAGAUCGCUGACAUUAUGGGGCUUGAGAAUCCCUCGAAGUAUAUUGUUGACAUUCUCAGCUCCGAAUACCAAGUUCUUGUGGACUUUGCAGAACCCAAAUUAUACAUCUGUAUCUGUGACGAUUGUCUG